AUGGCCACGGACCUACAACUGCCGGCCUCGAUGGCCCAACCAUCUCCCGCUCCAUCGGGUUCAUCCCGGGCUCAGUCAAAGUCGAGAUCAAGAUCUCGACCGGCACGGCGUCGGCGAGAUUCAUCUCCCCCGCCAUCCUCUUCGCCACCAGGCCUGCCAACACCGGCAUUUUCACCGGACGGCCAAAGUGGCCAAAGCGAUAUCGACGAUAUCAUCGAGGAGUCUACCCUAUCGCCGUUCGAUCCCCGCAGAAUAACACCCACCCUCCAUGCAUCCCUCGUAUCCGAAAUCCUUUCCCUACGACGGGAUGUCGAACAUAAAACGAAGGCAAUUGAUACCUUGGAACAAAGUUUGGAUGAAGCAAGAACGGAAUGCGAGACGCUCAGCGAGAAUGUGGCCAAUUCGUCCCGCGAGACACGGUCCCUGCAACAUCAAAUUCAGUUGUUAGAGGGUGGUACGUCAUCUGCGAUGACCGAACUGGCUCGCGAGCGGGAUGAUGCAGUUGAGAAUAUCAACGAUGUUCGUAGAAAGCUGGAGCAUGCGCAAAAAAAGGCCCGCCAUCGUGAAGAGGAGGUCGAACGGACACAGAUGCUUUGGGAUCGGGAUCGAGAGGCAUGGGAGAAUGAGCGACGAAAUAUGGAACGCAAGAUUCAUGUCGUGGAAGGCCGCUUGAAGACGGUGCUAAAUGAGGUUGCAGCGGCUCAAGAAGCGGGGACCCUCCAUUCUCAACACAGUGAAAAUGAUCUUUCGACCAAGUCUAAGGUCAAGGAAAGUGACUCGGCCAGUCUGGCUUCCAGCAGCCAGGGUCUUCGGCGCACGAGCAUGACUAGCGUGACCUCGGAGGAGGGCGAAAAUGAAAGCAACUAUCACAAUGCCCGAUACUCGGUCCUAAGUAUGGCUCCUGGGAAGGGCGAUUCGGGCCUCAACCUGGCCCAGGAAUUGGCCUUUGACGAGGCAGAUGAGUUUGCUGCAUCUGAAGAUGAAACUCCAGAGUCACCUGAAGCCCUUCCGGAGGAACGGCCGAUGUCGGUCACUUCACAGGCGUCUCAUUCUAUCGCAUCAAAAGCCCGGAGAAUCCUGGGUCUUUCUAUGCAAAGCGCUGGCUCGGUCACGGCCGCUGAGUACCGUUCUCUGGAUCUGAAUAGUCCUACAAAGUUGCCAGAUCCCCAGCAAUCUGUGGACUAUUGUGAUAUUGGCACUCAAUAUUCACCUCCGCCGUCACCCGAGACUCCUACCCCGACCGUAGAGUAUAAUGGCCCCGUUGUAAGAGAAGAGACUGAUGCAGGUCGCGAGAUUGAUAAGGACGAGAACCCAUUCGGGAUGAAGGAUUCUGCGACACUUGCAAUUGCAGUUGACAUGGUCUCCUCUUCUUGCCAAACGGUCGGUGAGCUUCCCAGUCCUCCGUGGACACCCAAGAUCUCGGAGUCAACCAUCCAUCCAGCUGAAGAAGCCUCGGUACCCGUCCAGAUGGCAUCAGCAUCGACCCAAACCGAUUUGCCUCCAUCCCCGGAGCUCGUGGAGAGCGAGAAGGCUACCUUGUCUCCCAGUGAUAUCCCAGCGCAGAUCGAUGUCCCCAUGAUCGCCAUCCACCCACCUGGAUCGGAACCGUCAUCACCUCGGAACAGUGUCGUUCUUCCACCACAAACUAAGAAUGUGUCUGUUCAAGCCAACUUCAAGCCAAUCAUUGAGGGCCGGUCUAUUGCCAUUCAGACUGAAGAAAUCCGUAUCGAUCAACGACCGGUCAAACUUCCUGCCAGUCUACUACCCUCUGCCAUUCCUGAUCUACCAAUCAGUUCUGAAAUUCAAGAGUCCAAAGCUGAGUCCUAUCGCGCGCCUUUGCCUCCUCCCCGGUCCGCCAAGCGGGCCCAGCGUCCUUUGCCACAUGAGCGCCCGGUGAAACCCCCACGCGCCCCAGGCUCGGAGCCAGUGCAGGCCUAUCAGGCCUACCCUGGCAACAAUGACAAUGGACCGCUAUCAGGCGAAGCUGCAUCUGGAUUGAGACGGCCCUUCCGGUCUAGCAGCCUCUUCGCAGGCUUUGAACAGCUGAGCGAUGAAGAAGGCCCCUACGCAGAGGAACGUGACAUAUUCACAGACGACGAGCUUCUCAACCGGCCAUUUGCUUCAUACACGAUCCGUCGCGGCAAACUGGUCAAUGCGAAAUCAAGGCCAAGCUUGGACGAAAUGUUCCUCCCCGAAAUUGACGAGCAUCUAUCCGAUACAGAGUCUAGGCCUUCUGACGUGGGGCGUGCCUCGUCUCGUGCUACUCAACGGUCCAGUACGACAGCGUCCAGUGGCCGACAGCCUGGCAUGCGAAAAAUGGCCAUGAUCUCUAGCGGUGCAGCGGCACAUCAGAAAGUUCGUGCCCGCAGCCCCAGCGAGCCAAGCCUCGACAGCGGCAGUGCCGGCUCAAGCAUUGCACCUCCGUUCCCCGUUCCAAUCCGUCUCAGCUCGCGCAACGUUCCAUUAACAGGAAGUGACGGGCCCCCAAGUCCGACUCGCUCAUCUGGUCGUCAAUUUUCUGAUCGUGGUGCCCGUACAACAGUUGUGCGACGUCCCACGUUGCGCCGAGUUCGCUCGGCGGCCGCGACGUCGCAGAGUAGCCUUGCGGAGCGCCCGGAAACACUUUCCUCCCCAACCCGCUCUGAAUCUCCCUUCACACUCGAAAGUCCUUCCUACCGUCCGCCGCCUCUCCCGGUUGAUGAUAUCACAAUUCCCCGUGAACGCCGUGCAUCUGUGAAACGGCCAUCUCAUCGCCCAGCGGUGCCCUCUAUGAACUGGGACCAGGACCGACGGGACUCGACCGGUGGUGUGCAGCCGACGAGUGUUGUUGAUGCAAUUGCUCAAACCAUGGUGGGCGAGUGGAUGUUCAAAUACGUCCGCCGCCGCAAGUCUUUCGGCAUGGGUGAAUCCAAGGAUGCCUGGGAAGGCCGGAACCCCGAUGAGGUAUCAGCCAAUAUCACCAAUAGUGGAGUACGCCAUAAACGAUGGGUCUGGCUUGCACCCUACGAAGGCUCCAUUAUGUGGAGCAGCAAACAACCGACAAGUGGACCUGCCUUGCUGGGCAAGACUGGCCGGAAGUUCACUAUCCAAUCCGUAUUGGAUGUCAAGGAUGACAACCCGAUGCCCAAAAGCCCUGGAAACUCCACUCCAUUCAACCGCUCAAUUCUAGUCCUCACACCACAACGUGCUCUCAAAUUUACCGCGCUUACCGUUGAACGCCACUACGUCUGGCUGACUGCAUUAUCGUUCCUCAGCCACUCGUCCAUGGGCCUACAUGAUCUAGCUGCACUCCCACCGGCACCGCAAGAGGAGGCCGGACCUUCUAUACCUUCGCAAGCCAGCUUGCGACGAAACCCAAUCCGCGACUCUAUUCGCGUGGCCAAGGGUCGCCCACGACCCAUGCCCAAGGGAAAGCGCUCCUUCCCAGGUACCGCAGAGCCGGUGCCAGAAUUACCUGCCGCGGACCUAGAAAUCGCAAGCGCAGCAACACGGCCCCCCCGCCCUCCUGCGCUUCACGCCAUCCGCAGCAUUUCUAGUCAGGGCACUAUGCCCUCGUCCCACAGCGGCACUACUAUUGGAUCCUCUGAGCCGUAUUUCUCGCCUGUCCCGCCGCCAAGUCUCCCUCCCGGUAUUGGAAGCGGCCCCGGCAGCAUCAGUCGCCGUACAUCUGAGGCUAGUGGUCGCACUACCCACACAACGGCGAGCAACAUAUUUGACAUGGGCACUGUGCGUAUGGAGGCAUUCAUCGACAACCAUGCGGAACAGAUCAACCGGCCUCGUGGUGCACCUCGCUCACGACAUGUGCGUAAGGCCUCCAGUCAGUGGAGUCAAGGCCGCUAUGACUGUGAUGCUCCCUCUGUUGACGAUAGCGAACUCUCUUUCCGACCCGAUGACCCCUUCCGCGGUUUCUAA